UCCCUUUUGCCAAAAAUGUUUUACUACCGGUUUAAUACCUUUGGACUAGUUAAUUCGUUUCAUAAGGGUGGAUCUCUUUGUAUUUAUUCCCGAGGUUGUCAUAUCAUGGCUGAAAAUGACGCAGACAGAAUCCAGACUGAGAAACUCCUAAAGAGAGUACAGGAACUGGAGCAGGAGGUAAAGCGACUUAAAAAGGAACAGGCCACGAACAAGGACUCAAACACUCGAGAGAAUUCUUCAGGAGCUGGGCGGAAAGCUAAGCGUGCCUUUGAUUUCAGUGCUCACGGUCAAAGACAUGUAGCUCUAAAGAUCGCCUAUCUGGGCUGGGGCUAUCAGGGCUUUGCCAGUCAGGAAAACACAAGCAAUACAAUUGAAGAGAAACUGUUUGAGGCUCUAACCAAGACUCGACUGGUAGAAAACAGGCAGACAUCCAACUAUCACCGGUGUGGGCGAACAGACAAAGGAGUUAGUGCCUUUGGACAGAUAAGGGCCAUUGUGAUUUCUCUUGACCUACGUUCUCACUUUCCAAAGGGCAGGGAUUCUGAGGAUCUUAACUUAAAAGACGAAGUCAAUGAUGUGGCUACAGAGAUCCGUUAUACCCACAUUCUCAACCGGGUACUGCCUCCAGACAUCCGCGUGCUGGCCUGGGCUCCCGUAGAAACUAGCUUCAGUGCUAGGUUCAGCUGUCUUGAGCGGACCUACCGCUAUUUUUUCCCUUGUGCUAACUUAGACAUUGUAACCAUGAACUAUGCAGCUCAGAAGUACGUUGGCACACAUGAUUUUAGGAAUUUAUGUAAAAUGGACGUAGCCAAUGGGGUGAUUAAUUUUCAGAGGACCAUCCUGUCUGCUCAAGUACAGCGAGUGGGCCAGAACCUGGCCGAGGAGGGCUGGCAAGAACCCUUUCAGUUAUGCCAGUUUGAAGUGACUGGCCAGGCGUUCCUUUAUCAUCAAGUCCGCUGUAUGAUGGCUAUUCUUUUUCUGAUUGGCCAAGGAAUGGAGAAGCCAGAGGUAAUUGAUGAGCUGCUGAACAUAGAGAAAAAUCCCCAGAAGCCUCAAUAUAGCAUGGCUGUGGAAUUUCCUUUAGUCUUGUAUGACUGUAAGUUUGAAAAUAUUAAGUGGAUCUAUGACCGGGAAGUUCAGGAGUUCAAUGUUACCCACCUUCAGCAACUAUGGGCUAAUCAUGCUGUGAAAACUCAGAUGUUGUAUAGUAUGCUGCAAGGACUGGACUCUGUUGCACUGCCCUGUGGAACAGGACCAAAGAUGGAUGGAAUGAUAGAAUGGAGAAAUGUUAAGCCCUCUGUCAUGAAGCAGACCAGUGCCUUUGUAGAAGGAGUGAAAAUGCGCACUUAUAAGCCCCUAAUGGAUCGUCCUAAAUGCCAAGGAUUAGAAUCCCGGAUCGAGCAUUUUGUACGUAGGGGACGCAUUGAACACCCACAUUUAUCCCAUGAGGAAGAAACAAAAGCCAAAAGGGACUGUAGUGACACACUAGAGGAAGAAAAUACUGUUUUUGAGAAGCCAACGAAGAGAAUUUGUGUUGAUGCAGAACUUAAAAGCAUCAUUUAACCACAGAAAACUCACCAAU